AUGGCCAGCAGACUGGUCCACGACCACAACACCGACCCUGGCGGGCUCAGUCUGGAGAGCCUCCAGCAGAAGCUGCACCACAAGCAGAGGGUGAACAGGCGAGUGUCUCAGGACGUGUUGCUGAAGCAGCUGGACAACAGAUCUCAGCAGGAUUUCAUCAGGUGGAAGUGGGAGGAAAAGGUGGCGGUGGUAGAGAUUUCCAUGAUGUCGGCAGACGAUGGAGCGUGUCAGAGAGUCAAAGUCUGUUCCAACUUCUUUGGCAUCCUCUCCUGCCCUGGGAGUCUUCUGUACCAGGACCACGUGGACUUCCAACCAUCAAUGGAGUCUGGUCGCCUUAGAUCAGCCCUUCUAUUUCAGCAUGAGCAGGACCUGGGCUCAGAUCACUGUCUUGAUGGAGCCAGUCUGUUCCUGCCUCUCAGACUUCCUGAGCAGGAGACUGAGUCUACCAGGACGACAGGAAAUGGGGAGGAAGUUGAGAUAAGUGUCACCUUGACAAAUGAACUGCCACCAACAUCAUAUUGA